CUCAGUGGUAAUCAUGAGCUAACCACUAGAAAUGUUAUUACAGAUUUUCGCUCAAUUCGUUGAAAUGUUCGCAACCAAAUAUUGCUGUUGUAGAAGAAAAGAUUUGCGAAAUUUGGGUCUUGCAAAGACUUAUUGCAACUUGAAGUAGUUCCCCUUGCUGCAGUUUCGUUUUUGUUCAGAAGACAAAAGAAAAUGGCUGAAGAAAACGUGGUCAGUGCUAACGAUAACAUACGAAUUGUUUCCAGUUUUCUUUUGCAUUCUCCUCCUGGAGAGUUUAAUGAGGUUUUUAACGAUGUGCGUAUGUUGCUGAACAACGAUAACCUACUGAAAAAUGGCUGUGCGGCUGUAUUCGCACAAUACAAUAAGGAGCAAUUUAUACCUGUAAAAUUGGAAAGUGUUGAUAAACAGACUUUAAUUACACCAUUCAAUGAAAUGCCGAAUGGCCGAUUUUACGAUCCUAGAUCAAGAAAUUCGUUCAAAUAUGAGCAUUUACGGAAAGAAGCUACCGAUAUCCAAAUUGAAAGUGCAAAUGACGGAAGUUCUGAAGCUUGGCGGAAAGCAGUGCAGGAGGAAGCUGACAAAUACACUGACAGUCACUACGAAGAAACGGGUAUAGCAGCAGUAUUUGUGAACAACGACUCAUUAACGUUGUGUAUCGAAAGUCAUCGUUAUCAACCCAAGAAUUUCUGGAAUGGGCGAUGGCGUUCGCAGUGGACAAUACCUAUUGCGGAUGGCAAAAACGGACAAUGUGAAAUUAAAGGUAUCAUCAAAGUACAUGUACAUUAUUACGAAGAUGGUAAUGUUCAACUUGUAUCAACAAAGGAAACAUCUACCAAAAUGACAUACACUGCUGACAUCGUACAAACUGCAAAAGAUGUAUUUAGAAUAAUUUGGGAUGAAGAGUCGAAGUAUCAGGAUGCGGUCCAAGAAAAUUACCAACAAAUGUCUGCUACAACAUUUAAAGCCCUACGACGUCAAUUGCCCGUAACGGGUGUGAAAUUUGAUUGGAACAAUACACAUGCAUAUCGAAUCAGCAAGGACUUGAAGCCACAGUGAUUGUUUAUGUCAAUGAGAAAGAGAUAUGCCUGGAUGAAAAUUGAAAUCGUUACAUAUAGAUUGGCAAGACAAUUGGUAAUACUGGUUUGUCGAUAUACUGGCCUUUUCAAAUUUAUUUUAAAUGGAAAAUAACCAUUCUUCUCGAUUGCCAUUAGAUCAAAAAAGAACUUGCUGCGAAACUUACUUGUUGGCUAACAGAAGCUUUAUUCCAAAGUCCUUUGUCGUUAUUUGUUUUGUUGCUUAAACUUUACACAAAGAUGUGACAUCAAACAUUCAAGUCUUCCAAAAAUAUUAGGUUUUGUUACCAGGAGAUCCUUUAUUUCGAUUUGUG